GCCAACUGCACCUGCAGUUGACAGCUACUGUAUCAGCACGGAGCUUUCCUGCUAUGACCUUGUGGCGAGACUUGGCUCUGGGUUUUCUCUGAUAUCGAAAUCUUUAGGAGCUGGCUUACUAUACGUUUCCGUUCUGGGUUUAGGGGGUCCCUUUUUAGCAUAGUCUUUUUAGGUUGGGGAUGUGGGAGAAGCUUAACAGGAGGGAAGGAGCCUUACAAGCAGAUAUUUACCAUGCAGAUGCUCUUCCACAAAAAACAAAGGACGCCCCUGGGCUUCUGUGAUGGUCUGGAUAAUACCUUCGUGGGCUUUGGGAGCAAGGAUGAGAGAGGUUGUCGACCGCCCAAAUACCACGCCAGCUAUGCACCUUAUUAUCCGAUCCACAAGGCCGCCAGCACGGGCGACGUAGAGACAGUAAAGAGCUUUGUUGAACGGGGAGUUUUUGCCAUGGAACAAGUAGAUUGGAAGUACAGGACUGCUCUGCAUUUUGCCUGUGUCUAUGGCCAUCCAGAGGUGGUGACUCUCCUGGUGGAGAGCAGCUGUGAGAUUAAUCCAAAGGACAUUAAAGAUGCCACCCCUCUAAUUAAGGCCUCCCAAUGCAGACAAACAGAAUGCCUUGAUAUUCUCUUGAAGCAUGGUGCUGACCCCAACACUAUGGACUGUAGCGAUAACACUGCUCUGCACUACGCAGUCUACAACGGGGACAUCAAAACAGCCACUAAGCUGCUUGAAUACAAGGCAAACAUUGAAGCAGUAAACGAGAACAAGAUCACACCACUUUUGCUUGCUCUGAAACAAAACAAGGAGAAGAUGGCAGAAUUCCUAAUCAACAAUGGAGCUAAUAUAAAGAUGUGUGAUUUCCUGGGAAGAAGCAGCCUUAUGUAUGCUGUAAGGUGUGGGUCAGAACUUAUCAUCAAGCUGCUUCUUCAAAGAAAUAUUGAUACCUUUAAGCAAGAUGUUUUUGGAUGGACAGCGAAGCGUUAUGCCGUUGAGAGUAAAAGCAAAGUUAGGAAGCUACUCAUUGACUAUGAUGAAGAGGAACUGAGACAAAGAUGUUCAGAGACUACCAGGAGAUAUGCUUGCAUAACGCCCACCCUGCCUACCAUGGAAGUGAAAGAUUCUCCUCAGAGUGAAGCACUGAAAAAGAUAGAAGCAAGACCAUCAGAGUCAGAGCCCACCGAGGAGGACACUUGCAUAAUGCCCAUCCUGCCUACCACAGAUGACGACGACGAUGACAUAGUAGAGAAGGCAGAGGCAAGACCAUCAAAGUUAGAGAGCACUGAGAUAGAUGCUUCCUCAAUGCCUACUACCACCAAAGUGGAAGAUUUUCCUCAAAAUGCAGCAGCAGAAGAGGCAGAGGCAAACCCAUCCCAAUCAGCAUGGACUGAGAAAGAUGAUUCCUUGAAGCCUACAACUACAGAGAAAAAGCCUUGCUCAGAUGAUGUAGAAAUAAUCACGUUAAAAGCAUUCAACUCAGAGGAGGUCAUCAAAGUGUCAUCAGAAGAAGAACAGAAGGGAGAGGAUGAGGAGGAUGGUGAUGGCAGUGAUGAGGAGGAUGGUGAUGAUGGUGAUGAGGAUGGUGAUGAUGAGGAUAGUGGUGAUGAUAAUGAUGGCACUGGAUACCAGAAACUUGUGGUAGAAGAAACAAAGCAGUCUGCAGGGAAAAGUAACCAAGAGGAUCCUUCCAAUAAGCUGUCCGUAUUUCAGGAAGACGAAGAUUCAACUGAGGACUCUGAGGAAGUAGCAACAGAGCAACCCUUGGGAAAAGAUGAGGAGCCCAAGUCACAGAGAGGUGAAGAUUCAGAUAAGACCAGUGAGAGAGAAGAAACAGAGCAACCAUUAGGACAAGAUAAGACAUCCAUACCACAAACAGUUGAAGAUGCAGCUGAGGACUCUGAGGAAGAAGCAAGAAAGCAGCCAGUAGAAAAAAGUAACCCAGAGAGCCAUUGUCAGAAAGCAAAUAAUGAUAAGAACUUAUCGCAGAUAUUUGAAGAUUCAAGGAUGGACUCAGAGGAAGAGGCACCAGAGCAGCCAGUGGGGAGAAGUAACCAGGGGAGUCCUUGUAAGCAAACGAGUAAAGAUGGUCUCACUUACGAUAAGACAUCGAUAUUACAGAAAUUAGAAGAUUCAAGGGAUGACUCUGAGAGUGUCUUUGAGUGUCUUUCCAAGAAGGGUAUUGAUCAUUUAUGUGGUGCUGCGGAUCAAUCAGGAGAUAAACCCAUUAAAGUCAUUGAAAUGAACGACUCGGAUCCUAAAGUUGCAUUAGGAGUGGCAGAUGGGCAGACAUUAACAUCAGCAAAUUCAGAUUCAGAAGUGACAUCAACAGAAAAUGAAAAAAGUUACAGUGACAGUACAAUUAAUUCACCACUGACUAUAUUUGAAUAUCUUCCACGGAAAGAGGAGAAUGGUUAUUUAACUGGAAGUACAUAUCUACAAGGACAAAAUACAGCAACAAGACAAAUGAAAGAGCCAGCGGCUGACGUGACAUCAAGAGAAGAGGAAGAAAGUGACAACGGCAGUGAAUGUACCCAGGCUUUUAGUACCUCUGGGACAUAUGGAUUAAAGAAGAUUUUGGGUUAUUUACGGAAGAUAUCAGACCAACGAACACAAAAUAUGGUCACCGGAGGAAUGACUGCAGAAGUCAAAGACACGACGUCAAGAGAAGAGCACAGUCAAAGUGAAAGCAGCGUGAGCGACUCAUGGACUUUCUCAGAUCCUCUGCCACAGAGGGUAAAUGUGAGUCCUUUGACUAGAAGCAGAGAUCAGACUGGAGAAAAUAUGGCAAGAGAAGAAUUGAAAGGUAACAAAGUGACACCCAUAGAGAAUCUCAGAAGGCAUUAUAGAAGUGCAAGUGUGGACUCACUGUCUUCUCAGUCUAUGUCUGAGCAUCCUCCUCGGGAGCAAGAUGUGGGUCAUUUGCCAGAGACUGCAGAUCCAAGACUAGAAAAUACUGGAAAUGGUGAAAUGAAAGUAUUUUCAGAUUUUUCAAAGGAAAGUCCUCCUCAGCUCAAGCUUACCAUUAAAAGGAAAAGUUCAUUUCUAAACAGAGCAGUGGCAAAGAGGCAGGAAAGGUCAUGGGAAUCAGCAGAACCUGACAAAGAAUUGACAUUAAUAGAAGAGCAAAGAAGUCAUGUAAUUAGUGAAAGGUCUGAGUCACUGCAACCCACCACUGAUUUUACUCAGCAGAAAGAUGUGGAGCAUUUAACUGGAGCUGGAGAUCAAAGAAGAGAAAAUCAGACAAGAUACACAAUGGGAGCUCUAUGCAAAGAAGUGACAACCACAGAAGAAAAAGGGAGAUAUGAUAGUCAGAAAAAUUUUCAGUCAUUGGUUAUCCCCGAACCUCAUCCACUGAAUGAGGAUAUUGUUUGUUGUACUGGGAUUCCAGGUCAAGAAAGAGAAAAUGUAGUGAACAUGGAAAUGAAAGCAGUACCAAGCACUGAAGUGAAGUUCACAGAAGAACACAAAACAAAUAACAACUUUGAAAGUACAGAAUCAAUGAAGAUAGAUGUGAAUCAUUUACCUGGGACUGCAAAUCUAAGAAGAAAAACUAUUACAAGUGGAGAAAUGAAAGGAUCUCCAAAGGAAUAUCCUCUUCAAUUCAAGGAACCUACCAUUCAGAGGGGAAGUGUGUUUGAAUACGCAGCAGUAGCAGGCAUUCGUGCAAACACAAGCAAAUCAGAAGAACCAGGCAAUGAAGAAACAUCAGUGAAAGAGCUCAAAAGGCACGGGAGUCAUCAAAGUCUCCAGUCAUGGACUACCUCUGAGACUUCUACAGAUAUGGAAGAUGUAGUUUGUUUUCCUGUAACUAUAGACCAAAUACUAGAAAAUAUGGCAAAUGCAAAAACUAAAGCAAAGCCAGACAAUAAAGCAACAUCCACAGAAGGACAAACAAGGGCUUACAACAAAGAAAGAGUUAAGUCAGUGAAGCCAGGGAAGGAAGAUUUAGCUGUGUCUACAGAAGAGAGAAGUGAAACUUUGAUGCAAGGUCAAACAGAAGAUUUAUGCAAAGAGGCAGCAUUAACAGAAGAACAAAGAAGAAAUGAUACACAUGGGUUUGUUCAGACACUGAAGAAAAGUGUGAGUCACUUAGGUGUGACUAAAGAUCAUAGAAUAGAAAGCAAAGCAACCACAAAAACGAAAGCAAAACCACACAGAGGAGUCAUGACAACAACAAAAGUAAAAAGAAGACAGGAGAAUAUGGAAAAAUUGAGGACAUUGAUUAAGCAAAAAAGGAAGACAGGACUCAGCAGCAAGAUGGACACAGUGGAAAAGCCAUCUUAUUGCAACACUGCUGCUGCUGGUGGUGAUGGUGAUAACACAGCUGCUAUUUCGGGUACUGACAUAAGAAAUGGAGUCAUCCAACAAAUGCAUUGUGGGAAGGCUCGUAACCAUCAAUUUCCUGUUACAAAAAAAAAGCAUAUUGGGCUGAAUAAGAAAACAUCCCGCAAAAAGAAUAAGCCUCUAAAGUAUAUGGAUGCUAUGGAUGACCAUCAGUUGUCAGAGUCACUCUCUGAGGAUUAUGAGGAUUAUGAUUAUGAUUUUCCUGAUUAUGACAAUAUAUUGAUGAUAGUUGACCAACUUCAAAUGAAGUAUAAAGAUUCUGGAAAACCACAGGAAAUCCAGGAUGCAAUUCGUUCAUAUAAAAUGAUAGUAGAAAGUAACCAACGUUUCUCAGAACUACUUAUCAAGAAAAGUAAGAACAUGAGAAACCAAGGUGGCAAAGUGAUGAAGAAGCCACGAGAAAGAGAAAAAGCAAAACUGCAGCUCAAAUGCAAAAAUGAAGAGCAGCAACUAGAUCUCAUUGAUGUGGGAUCGCCUGAAAAACAAGAAGUGCAACAAAGAAAUGCUGAUGGUUGCUAUGAAAAAAUGAAGAAACAAUUAACUGAAAAGGAACAACAAUACAAAAGGGAAAAGCAACAACUUGAACUGCGCCUUAGAGCACAAGAUACAGAGUUGCAGCAUCUCAGAGAUGAUAUAAAUAAGUUGCAAGAAGCACGGCAUCCAGAGACAGAGGCUGGGCACAGUGACAGCAUGAUGAAGGAACACCUGCAAAAGGUUGAACAUGAAGUUUUCAAGUUAGUAGAAACCAUCAAAAAGCAAACAGAGACAAUCGAACAACUUGAGAGAAAACUACCACGUGAAGAGAAAACAUUGGCAGGAACUGGCCAUCUGACACAAAUAGGACGGGAGCUCUUUAAUGCUUUCAGAGAAAUGUUUACUACUACAGUAAUGAGCCAGCUGGAACUCAGAAUUCAACAUCUGGAAAGGGAAUUCUCUGAAAUAAAGACCCGAACACGUGAGAAUGUUAUGGUGCUGGAAAACUAUGUCAAACUUAACCAGUCACAUAAACUGAUGGAGACAGAAGCUAAGCUGAAGGAGGUUAUGGCCCAGUUUGUCAUGCUGACUCAGCAUAACACAGCAUUACAGAACUUGCUGAGCUCUUCUGUACUUGCCUCUGAGUGUCCCUGCAUGGCAAAUUUUCAUAGAAGAUUGGGAAGCCUCUUUACCCAAGAGAACACGCUGACUCCAGAACACACUUCAGGCCCACAACCUUCAAAUCAGUACAUAACAGCCCACCUGGACGCGCCUGCAGAUGACAAUGAAGAUGUCAAUAAAGCACUCACCAAGUCGGUUCUGUCUCCACAACCUGAGCUGCAUCCAAAAAAGGAGAAAUGUUUGGAACCAGCUAAAGAGAGAACUCCAAGUAAAAAAUGUUUUAAACCAACAAAAACAUCAACUGUGUGUGAAAAUGGAGAGCAUAGUUUCUCUGAAAUUUUGAACACCAGGCAAUUUGAAAAGAAUAUUCCAAUUGAUGAACUACAACAUGAGAUAAUAAGAGAAGAUCAAGGAAUUUUUGAUAACGCACCAGGGAACCACAGUGCCUUGCUCAUGAGCCCAUGGGAAUUGGGAUGUACAAAUCUGGAAUCUGAACACCCAGAAGAAACCACUUGUCAAGCCUUAUAUAAAACAGAAUCAGAACAGCAUACGGAUCCCUGUCUAGAAUGGGUGGCAAUGACAAGCUCAUCAUCUCAAGGACAACUAAGGUCUAAGGACAGACAAGAUGGAUCCAAGAGGAGGAACUUUAAUAAAACGGAAGCUUAUACUUCUACCCCAAACAUGUGCAUGAUGAGCUCUGCUCCAGAGUUUGGAUCUGGACAACUCUACAACAGUUUGGGAUAUAGCAGAAAUUUCCUGCAAAGAGAACCCUUGAUGACAAGCUCGAGGCUACAGGCCUUUGAGAGUUCAUUGAGCUUCCUAAACAGGGUAAGUGAAGAAAAUCAGCAAACUUCUCAUGACAAAGUUGGAAACCCUAAUGCCUCACGUAUAAAGCCACAGAAAUCCACACUUUCAAACCUGAAGUCCCAACACACAGAAGAGGUAACUCAUCAAGCCUUGCGUAAAGCCAAACCAAAACACCAUGAGGAGCCAUAUCAUGAAAGGACAGAAACGACAAAGCCAUUAACUUAUGACCAACUAAAGCUUAAGGACAGGCAAGAUGAGUCCAUGAGGAGGAACUUUGAUAAAACGGAGGCUUAUAAUUCUGUGCCAAACAUGCAUCCAAUGACAAGCCCUACUCCUGGGUUUGGAUCUGGACAACUCUAUAACAGUUUGGAGUACAGCGGAGGUCUCAUGCAAGAAGAAGCCACGACACCAAGCCUUAGGCCAUGGCAUUUUGUAGAGAGUCUGGAUAGCUACCUAUGCAGGACAUGGCAGCAAUUAUCCAACCACUACUAGAGAAGACAAAGACGGCGCGUUUCUGAAAUGCACAAAUUAAGCUUAAUCAGUUCUGAAAUAAGUUAUCAUAAAUGAUAAAUGGCUUCUAUUCCCUUUGACCUGCUGAUAUUCUACAUUAAAUAUUUUUGUUGCAUGCAUAAAAUAAAAGAUGUGAAAAUGUGAA